UCUCUAUGUUGUUCCUACCCGAACACUGAAGUAUGCACCUCUAAAGAUGGCAGCCAAUUUGGAGGAAAUAUUCCAAGAUUUUAUCUUGAAUAAAAUUCGAGAAAUUGCAGACCAGAAGGAUGUCAAAGAUUCUGAUGGAACUGGUGCUGCCAGGCAAGAAAAGUCAACAACGCAGAAACCCACAAGAAGCGAAAAAGACGUCUCUAAGAGGCGAGAGUCACCGACAAAACAUAAAAAGUUAAAAAAACACAAAAGCAAGAAGAAGAAGAAGAGGAGUAAAGAUCAUGACCGAAGAGAGAGCAGCUCUGAAUGUAGUAAAGAACCUGACUCAAAGCGAAGGCCACCUGCAGCGGACAAGGAUGAUGGUAAAGACAGCAGCAGCAGCAAAAAGAAAAAGAAAAAGAAGAAGCAUCGGAAAGAUGGCUCAAAAAGACGUGCCUCAGAUUCUGAUACAGAGUGUUUGGUCAAGCAAGAGAAAAGGAAACAUAGUGAACCGUCGUCACCAAAGAGGCGGUUAGAGGAACUUCCUGACAUCAUCCCCAAACAGGACAGUUUCUCACUAGGGAAAGCUGAAGAUGUUGACGGCCAUGACCCGUGUUGCCCUGGAGCCCGGUCACAUUCCCACUCUCGCUCCCAUUCCACAACUGGAGAAGGGAGAAAGACCUCUCACUCUGUGUCCAAGCACUCGUGCCAGACACCUCGGUCACAUUCGUCACGGAAAAAUGAAUCCUCAGAUCGAUCUACCUGUAGUACUCUGAAGAACAAUUCCUCUGAGGUCAGCAGUCAACCUGAAGGAAACACCUCUGCAGUUGACACAUCAACUGGGAUGCAACAGCAGGGCACAGCGACGUACCCAGUUUCAGAGACCACAUCUGUGAGUACAAAGUCACCAGACAAAGUGAGAAAGAGGAAAUCGUCCAGGUCUCCACACAGAACCAAGGAUGAAGUGAUAAGGCACAAAAGAUCAAGGUCUCCUUUAAAGAGCAGCAGAAUUAAAUCCAGAUCAAGGAGCCGCUCUCGGAAAGGACGGUCGCACUCUGGGGGCAGGAGGUCACGAGAGUCCCGUUCAUCUUCUGGUUCCAUGCGAGUGCGGAGAGAAGCAUACUACAAAAGGGACCGCUGGAAAAGAGAACCGAGUCAUUCACCAGUGCUUAUUCUACGCAAAGAUAGGUCGCCUUCACGAAAACACAGCAGCUCUGCCAGCAACGCUCAUCGCGUCAGUGAUCUAGAUAAGGAGCAGUUGCUAGAAAUAGCAAAAGCUAAUGCUGCCAUCAUGUGUGUAAAAGCUGGAAUGCCUGUCCCUGUCAGCCUGCAUACAUCAGCCAUGCCCUUGUCAUUUCCCAAUAUGGCUGUGAGUGCAGCCAUGGCCAGUAUGACUGCUGCUUCCAUGACUGCAGCCCUUGCCAACAUGAGCAGCUUAUCAUCACUCCUCCCACUACCAACAAUUACCAACAAACCCCCCGUCAGUCAAGCAAACACAGCAGCUCUGGAGGAGGUGAAGAGGAAAGUAGCCAAACAGUUCAACAGCAUCAGCAUCAAGGAAUUCACUGAGAAAUGCCAGAUGAUUGUGGAUAGCAAAGGAGAGCUGCCUGUUACCUUGCCCCAUGUGUCUGAUGAAGAGGAAAAUGGAAAACCGUUUGGGGCUUCUGCACUCCGAGAGCAUAAGGCUAUCAGCUUCAACAUCAAUAACACAACCAUUCAUCCUGGAGGGCGGAGUGAUGCUGGCAUGGCAAAGGAGUUUCCUGUGUCUUCUGGAUCUCAACAUCGGAAAAAAGAGGGUGAGACUGCAGGAGCCUUUGGUGAAUGGUUUCCAGUUGAAAAAGCAAAAGCUGAGACUCCAGCGGCUGCGUCGGCGAAAAAGUCCCCCAGUGCCACACAUGGCUCAUCGACCAGUAAAACAACAGCAGUGGGGCAGUCGGCGUCUGUGCUUGCUAAUGACAGUGUUUUUCCUGAACCACUAUCACAGCCGAUCGACAUUUCCCAGGCAAUGACUGAGAGGAUCGAAGCUCAGCGACGAUUGGCCGAAAACCCGUACGACGUGAAUGCCAUGUGCAUGUUGAGUCAUGCUCAAGAGCAGGUGGACGCUUGGGCACAGUCCAACACCAUUCCUGGUCUUUUCACUGGUUCUACUGGAGCCCAAGUUCUCUCUUCAGAGGAGCUGAACAACGGAGGUCCACAAGCUUGGCUGAAAAAAGACCAGUUCCUGAGGGCCGCACCAGUAUCUGGGGGGGUCGGAGAAUUCCUGAUGAGAAAGAUGGGCUGGAGAACUGGGGAGGGCCUCGGCAGGAACCGGGAGGGAACGACUGAGCCCAUCAUCAUUGACUUCAAAGUUGAUCGCAAAGGACUUGUUGCUGAAGGAGAGAAACCCCAGAGACAGACUGGGGGUCUGGUGGUAACUAAGGAUCUAAUGGGAAAACAUCCAGUGUCUGCUCUAAUCGAGAUGUGCAGCAAGAGGCGGAUAAUGCAGCCAGAUUUUGUCAUGGUUCAUCACAGUGGCCCGGACCACCGCAAGAACUUCAUGUUCAAGGUUACGGUGAAUGGUGUGGACUACCAGCCCCAAACUGCUAGUCCCAACAAGAAGCACGCAAAGGCCAUGGCCGCCACCGUGGCGCUACAAGCGCUUGGAGAGGUUCCGUCUGAUGGGCCAGGACUCUACACGGGCCCAGUGUUCACUGCUGCAUCCACAGGUCCCCUUUUUUCUACGUGACUUUAUUUCUUUUCUUUUUCUUUUUUUUUAACUUGAAAAUGCUGACUUGUACACUGAGGUUUGAAAGUGUCUUUGUAUCAAAGCCCUUUUGGCUCUUUUUGUACUCGCAAAGAUUUCAAAAUUCUUAGGGGAAAAGCGUUUGCUUUGUUUGGCCUGAUUGUGUCUUCUUUACAGUACAGUUGAAUAGUCUUACAUAAGACUGACUGGUUCACCUGUGCGACCUGACCAUUGUCUCAUUUACCGUAAUGUUUUUAAUGUUUAGCGCAGCCGAUUGUGAAAAAAGCUUUUUUUAUUUGUCUCGCUCGUGGUUAUUUAGUUGGCUUGAACGAAAUAUUUAUGAUAUAAGAGGACACGUAUGACGUAAAUAAAGAAUAUAUUUCAUGUGACGUCCACAAGAGCCAUUUGAUGAAAAGCACCUCAGAGUAGGUGAUGUCACUGUGAUGGCUGUGUGAGAAACGGAGGCUGUGGAUGCCAACAAAACUGUCAACAACAUGGACCCCCUGCAUGCCAGCACAAACGCUCUCCACACUGGUGAUGGACCAAGUCUGCCGCAGAGAGGGUGAAGAGGAGACAAGCCAGGACUGCGCCCUGUGGCGCCCCCCAGUGCAGCAAAGCAGCGUGUCCCCCAAACGGUCAACGGGUCCUCACAUUCUGGGGUCUCUUGGGAUGGAUGGUGUUGAGGAAUCUCACAGUGCUCCCAGCCUUCUCCAGGCUUCUUCAUCAGAUCAGAUGUCUGUUUAGGUCCAGAAUCCACUCAGAUCAGUUGCUGUGAAACAAACGGCUUUAGCACACAAAGUCAUCCAGUAGAGGGAGUCAAAGUCCAUAUAAUAAGGAAUAAUGGAGGACAGUAGUGGCUGGUUUAAGACUAUUAGGUAUAAAUAAUAAUUUAAAUUUUCAUGUCAUAACCACCUUAUGUUUGAUCUUGUGGUGCCUUUUUUGUUACACCAUUGGUUUAUUAUUGAGCAAUGAGACAAGAAUUUGAGAGGAAUAUCAUUGGUCAUCCAGGCAGUGGUAGUGUUCUUCGUGAGGAAGGGAAUCUUUUAAAAUCUGAAGUUGUCAUUUUAACAGAGGCGAUUGUGGAGCUGUGUCAAGGAUCCAUUCAACAUUCUCUGAACCAACUGUCCGAAACACAUCUGGUAUGAUGUGAUAAGCUCAGAUGAGCUAUCAUGAAACAGUGUCUUUAUAAACAGUGGUCACCAGAUGGCGCUCUUGGUUUAGACAAUGUGAGGUUUCAUUGAAAUGGUUGUUUCAAUCCAAAGAUUUUCGAGCAGCG